GCCGGGCCAGGCCGCGCUGCGGCGGCGGUAGCAGCAUGGCCGGGCGCGAAGGGGGCGGCGGCGGCGGCGUGGUGGGCGAAGCGGCCGCCAGGCUGUUCUCGCUGAGCGGGCUGUUCGCCGUGUACAAGCCCAAGGGGCCCACCUCGGCCGGCGUGCUCAACCGCCUCAAGGAGCGGCUGCUCGCAGAAGCUGGUGUGCAAACAAAUAGGAACAAAAGAAAGAAACAGAUUUUGAAAAUUGGACAUGGUGGAACUUUGGACAGUGCAGCUACAGGAGUUCUGGUGGUUGGUAUUGGAAAAGGAACAAAAAUGCUGAGAGCUAUACUGGCAGGUUCCAAGAAGUACACUGCCAUUGGACGACUGGGCAAAGCUACUGAUACGUUAGAUGCUACAGGAAGAGUAACUGAAGAAAAACCUUACGAUAAGAUAACAAAAGGAGAUCUUGAAAAUGUGCUGCAAAAGUUCACAGGGGACAUAAUGCAGGUUCCUCCACUCUAUUCUGCUUUGAAGAAGGAUGGACAAAGGCUAUCAUGUCUGAUAAAGAGAGGAGAAGCAGUUGAAGCAAAGCCUGCUCGGCCAGUAAGAGUGUACAGCCUCUCUCUCCAACACUUCCAGCCACCACUUUUCACGCUGGAUGUUGAAUGUGGUGGUGGCUUUUAUGUCAGGAGUCUGGUCAGUGACAUUGGCAAAGAACUCUCUACCUGUGCAAGUGUGCAAGAGCUGACUCGAACCAAACAGGGGCCAUUUACGCUAGAGGAGCAUGCACUUUAUGAAGACAAAUGGACAAUUGAUGAAAUUGCACAAUCCUUAGAGCAUUGCAUGUCUCUUUUCCCAGGAGAACCAUCUCAUAAAAAAUUUAAGACAGAGGAUCCUGGAGAAACUGCUGUGAGCUGUGAAGAUAAGUGAUAAGUUGGGUCAAGGAGAAAGACUGAAUGAUUGAGACAUUUUAAAAUACUUGGUUAGGGUUGUCUUCCCUCUUGUGUAAAUUUACAGUCCUGUAUUGGGAGAGGGGCAAAAAAUGCAAUAGAAGAAAAAGGAGUUUUUUUUCUUUUCUGGGCUAGAAUAUGCACUGAAAAUACCUAGUGUUUGCUGUUUCCUGAUCUGUUUUUCCCUUGUUACACACUGUAAAUGGGUCAGCUACUAAUGUCAGGUCUUCAUAAACUUUUUGAAGUCUGUGUAGGGUGCAAUGUAGCUUUUGUUACUAAUUUGUCAAUAAAAAUUAAGAUUUACUAAAUGUGCUCAAAUGAAAAAUCUUUAUAGCUGCUAAUCAAACCCUGAAAUACUGUGGUGACAAAAAUCUUAUCUUGAAGGCUGUAAGAAUGUGGAGUGGCAAUUUUUCUUAAUCUGUUUUGGGAAAUACUUCUUUUACUGUAGCUUUUGCUGUGCAGAUUUUCUUAGUAAUAUUAUAUUGAAUGCAUUAAACUUAACCUAGAUGCUGAGAUUUUUAGAUAAAUCUGAAAAAGCAUGAGUGAAUAGUUUAGAAGUAUGAACAGUUCCUGUUGAUAAUUGAUAAAAAGGACCUUGAAGGGUGCAGUCAUCAAUACAAGUAUACAUAACUUAUUUUGGUAAGAUAUCCUAAUUGGUGACUAUUGACAAUUUCACGUAUGGUUUAGUGUUGUACUGUUUGUAGGGCACAUGAAACUCACUUCUAUCAUUUGUGUAUUGCUUGAGCUGUCUGCUGUGGGCUGGGUAGAGGGUCAGUGUGCUUCUGGGCUUUGAGUGAUUUGGUCCUGACUAGAAGCUGUGUGGACAAAAAAGGCAUCCACCAUGAAGGAUCUUUGCUGAAACUAUUUUAGUUUGGUGGGUUGGGGAGAGCCUGUUCCACAGUUCAUGUAUUCAAGUGAAUUUGAUUGCAGGUUAUUUCCCACCACUGCUUCCCUUGGGAUUUUUAUAACGAUUAAAAGACUGAGUGGUUUGAGUUUGCUAAAAAGCACCCUAGUCAUUUCUUUUUGUGUGGAAGGGACUGUUGUAACAAGAAUUCCGUAUUUGAUCCUAUUCAAGAAGUUAGUAGGGUCUGCUUUCCUCCUGCUGUAGUGAGGAAUGGGAGUAAUUUGAGUGUGUGAUACCUGAGGAAAAGCCUUGCUUUUGAAAUCGACUGAAGUGGAAUGGAGCCUGACUGUUACUGAAAACUAUGCUCUUGAGCCAUCCUAACAGGGUCUAACCCUAGGUUCAUGCUGAAACAGAAGUUCAAAGCCAAAUCAGAGUGAAGUAAGUUUUAAUGGGACAGGUGCAGUAAUUACAGCUUGAGCUGGUGCCUCCAGUAUCCAAAGAGGGACCUUCUUUGAACAAAUCCUCUUCCAGGCUAGUAUCCACUCCAUAGUUUUGAACCAAUCAUAAUAUUAGUUGUGGGAUCUCCUGGCUCCUGGUUGGUCCUUUCUGUAGUUUCCAUGUGUGUUCUUUACUUACCUUGCUUCUGCACAGUUGUCAAUGGCUCUUUUACUCCCUUGUCAUGUCCCUGGGAACCAGUCUUAGUGGUUACUUUUUUUCUUGCAUAGUUAUCUGGCUCUUCUACUUCUUUAUCUUGUUCUCUGGAAUCAGUCUUGUGGUUCCUUUGUUUCUUUCUUACAUGUGCUAGGUUGAAGUCCAUCUCCCUGAUGGUGCUCAUUAAUGCUAAACUUAUUUCUCUUCAUACUGUUGCAGUUUUAGGGUGCUGCUAGCCAUGUGGCCUGCUGUGGCUUUGUACUGCUUUUAGACCUUCACUUUGUGGUUCUGGAGUGAAGAGUUUUUUACUCUGAGUGACUGAAAGCUCUGAAGUCUGGGCUUUGUGGUUAUACCAGGCUGUAUCUUUUACAGAUAGACAUGAAAAUUUGAUUUAAUGACUCUGUGCUAAUGUACUUGCUACUUUUCUUGAUAAGUUAUUUCAGUAGCUAAUUACCUCUGUUGUUUAAAAAGUUGUGUUUUAUUCCCAACUUCAGUCUGCAUACACUGUUUUAUGCCUUUCUCUGGAAGAUUCAAGGGCCUUAGAAAAGCAGAUUUGUGUGUGCUGGCCUUAUAUGAAAUGAUCAAGUUCCAACAUUGCUUUCAACCUUGAAAAUGAAAUAGAACAAAUCUCAAAGUUUCUCAUUGCAAGAGAAUUCCAUACUUUGUAAAUAGCAAGUAAACUAUAAAACUGAAGUCUAUAUAAGAUUAACAAAGGGUUUUUUGAGAGGGUAGAAUUCAUAUUUUAUUCUCCAGUAAGCAGUCAUUUUCUGCUUUUUUAUAUUGUAAAGAAUGUAAAAAAUGUUGAUAAUAUCAGCAAGAUGAAAUGUUAGAGUACUAGCAGCAGCAUGUUUAUGUAGAAUGUGGAUGAAAUAAAUUUUUAGGCAUUUUUGUUUUAGGAUAUAGGAGAAAAGAUGUGUUUAGUAAGAGAACAGUGGGAGAUUUUAGUUGAUUUUUUUGGGGGGGGGGUGGUACUUUGGGAACAGAAAAGAUUAUUUUCUAAAGAAACCAAAUAAAGCUAAAAAUUUCAUUUUCCAGUGUAUGUAUACAGAGUGACCAAAGAUGUUGACUGAAACAGCUUCGCUGAUUGUCCAGACCUGGCAUGCAUCCCCUGUUUUUUUCAAGAACUGUGUUGAUGUUAUCCCAGUAGUCUUGUAGAAUAAUAAACUGUUUGCUUAUCCUG